AUGAUGUUAUUUCCUAAUACUGGAUUUCAACGUAAUGAUGGUAAUUGGCGUCUAAAUGUACAUGGUUGGCGUUUUCGAAAAUCAAGUCGUAAUAAAUUCUUAGGUGAAUCAUCUUCAACAAUAGCUGAACGUAUUGCACGUCUACUUGCUACGCCAGAACAGAUUGUCUAUUACAAUGAUACAUUUCAACGUGAUCGUCUUAAACCUUUUAUGGUUGAUGGUAGAAAAAAUGAAGAAAUUUUUAUUAUGGUUGGAAAAAAAAAUAAUUUUACAACAAAAACAGAUUCUGAUGGACAAUUUCGUACGUCAUUCAUUAUGUCGGAUGCAGAUAUACAAAAAUUAAAAAAUACAAAAAAACAAGAUCAAGUUAUAAUAUAUAAAGCAAUUGGAGAUAAUGAUGAUUUAUGGGAAGGAAAAAUUCAUUUAUUAGAACGACGCGGAUUAUCUAUUAUAUCUGAUAUUGAUGAUACAAUUAAAAUUAGUGAAGUAAUAGAUAAAAUUCGAUUAGCAGCUAAUACAUUUAUCCAUAGAUUUCGUGUUGUAGAAGGAAUGCCACAAGUAUAUCGUAAAUGGAAAGAUAAAUACAAUUGUUCAUUUCAUUAUCUAAGUGCAAUGCCAGAUCAACUCUAUACAGUGACGAAAGAUUUUAUAGAUGAUCAUAAGUUUCCUGACGGUACAUUUCAUAUGCGUCACUUUCAUUGGUCUUCUAUGUCGAUCUAUAAUUUUAUUCAUUCUUCUGAUACAAAAAUGCAUAAAAUUAAUCAUUUACGUUAUUUUAUUUUUAAUUCAUUACGUACACUUGUAUUAAUUGGAGAUUCAGGUGAAAUUGAUCCAGAAAUUUAUGGACUUAUUGCACGAAAAUAUCCUAAACGAAUACACAAAAUUUUUAUUCGAGCAGUUAAAGGUGAAUCUAAAGAUGAUAAACGAUUUUUCAAAGCAUUCAAUGAUAUACCAAAAGAAAAAUGGCUUAUAUUUACCGAUCCAAUUAAAGAAUUACCCAAAGAUUUAAAUAUUAAAUAA